GGCAGACUAGCGAAGUUGUGUCAGUAGUGCAGUCGCAAAUUUGAUUUUUGACAGUUUUCUUAUAUGGAAUUUAUUUCAAACAAGAAGGAUGGUUGUACGGACUUCAAAAGGACACUCUCAUCAGAUGGAGAACGAGAUGCACAAAUGCCAGACUUGCGACAAUGGCACAACACUCUGUAUAAAUAUAUGGAAUAAAUUUGAUCUUGGACCACCAACACCUCCAGGUUCGCCACCGCAUGAAACAAUGCCUGAUUUUCCAGAACUAGAUGGACUUAACUUUAAUGAUGAUGUUGAGUUCUUUGACAACAGAGAGGAAGAUGUGCUCGCCACAAUGAAACACAUAUUUGCUGAGGGCACACCUUUGAAUUUGCAAUCCAAAUUGAUCCAGGAUUGUAUGUGGUCAGGGAAUUUAGCCAAGGGAUAUGUUGAACAGAAAUCGAACUGUAAUUCAUCAUUGGAUACAAAUACUGUUGCAGAUUGUGUAGACCCAACAUCAGUUUUUCCCUACCCAAUGCAUAACAUCACUGACAAAUAUAUGACAGAGACCAGGGUAGACAACCUACAAGGCCUUGAGACCCCUUCUGAUUCAGAAGAAGAAAUUGACGUUGUAACAGUCAGGGAUCAGAUGAAUGAAGACUUUGAACCAUCACACAUCAGAAAGUCCACAACAAUACCAGCCAGGUGUAUAAAAACUGAACGCGAGGAUAAUGACUAUGGGGGUGCUGUGAAAUCCCCUUUGAAAAGUUCAAUUACAUUGAAAGUGAAAGUAGACUGUCCUACAGAUGUGCACAACUACAGCCUUCCACAUUCACACUCAUUGAAACGUGUGCGUUCCAGUCCAGUGUCACCAUCAAACUCUAUAUCAUCUUCUAAACGGAUUAAACGUGAAUUAAGUGUUCCAGAAUUUCAAAAAACUCUCUGUCAAAAGCUCUCUCGGGCAGGAACACAUAGUGGCUGUAGUAGUUCUUGUUCCAGUAGAAGCAGCUCAGACUCUGAGGAGUGUUGUGAGGGGGGUAAACGGACUCAACAUAAUGUGUUGGAAAGGAAAAGAAGAAAUGACUUGAAAUAUAGUUUCUUCACACUCCGUGACAGUGUACCAGAACUUUCUCAGCAGGAAAGAGCUCCAAAAGUGUUAAUAUUGAAAAAGGCUGCUGAUCAUAUACACAGACUCAAUCAUGAAAGCUUAAGAUUGGAAAAAGAAACAGACUUGCUUCGUGCUAAACAUGAUCAGUUGAGAAGAACUUUGAACAAACUUCAAGUUAGGGAUUUUUAAUGUGUGAUACUAAAUGGCAAUUUGUGGUUAUAUCUGUGUGGUAUUGAAAUAUAUACUGACAGGGAAUUGUGUUCAUUAUCCAGGGAUGUGUUCAAUAUAUUUUAUAUCUGUGUGAUCAGCUGUCACUAUAUAUCACUUAUAUAAACUAUCAUGUGCUGUGUUAUUUUGCAUACCGUGUUAUAUAUCUCAAGUUAGCUUCUGAAAGUGUUUUUUUUCUAGUAAUGUGUGAAUUGUAGAGCUCUAUAUAAAGCUGACCUUAGACAAGUAAUUUAACCAUAGCAGUAUAUAUACCUCUCAAGAUCUUGUGUUUUAUCACAAGAAAUACAAAUGAUCCUAGAAUUGACAGUUGUUUACUUGUUAAUUUAUUUUCCUCGACAUUUACGGGUGAUCCAAGAUAACUAAAGAGCCUAUAAUCAUUGGGGCAAGAAGAAUAUGACAUAGAAAUCAUCUCGAAAUGUACAGUUAAAUUUGAUAACGAGGGUUUACAGCAGGUUUGAUGACAAUUGUUCAAGUCGAUUCUUCCACUGUUUGUGCAGUUUGUCGUUGGGAGGUAUUUUAUAAUGGUAGUUAUUUUGUUGGAACAAUUUGUCCUUCAUUGAUUUGUUUACAUUUAUAUAUAUCUAUUGCAAUAUGUUACCGAGUAUACUGAGUUUUAUAAGAGUUUUCACAUUUUUGAUUAUUUUAGUUGGUCUGUUGGGUAUUUCCAAGGUAGCACAGAAAGUUCUACUGCCUAACUAAGGUUUCAUAAUUCAUUAUUGUUAUAAAUAGCAUAAAAUCCAUGAUGUGAAGUCACAAUGAUGGUCCCUAUCGAAAGUUUGGUGGUUGGAAGGUGUUAAUCUUUUUUUGUGUGUGUUGUUUGAGCUAGCUAGUAACUUCAGUAGAAUCAAGCUUUCAAUGUUAAAUUGAUGACAUCUAAAAUUUAGAAUUUUCUACUUGGUUCUGUGAUUGCUCAAAUAAUUUCAUUGUAACAAUAUCUUGGUCAAGGUAUUCAUUUCACGACCAGUGUUUCCUUCUAAUCCACAGUGUUCAAAUCUUGACAUCAAACUAUUGCAUCAGAGAAAAAAAAUACCCACUUUUGCAUUCGAAAUUUGUCAUUGAAAUUGCUGGGCAUUAAUGUACAUUGAUUUGACAUUUGAAAAAAUGACCACUAACUGCCAAUUUGACUAACUGAUUGCAUUUUAUAUUUUUUACUGUUUUAUAUGAAACUCUUUAGUAUUGAAGAGUAAAUGGGUUUAUACUGUUAGUUAGCUUUGCUAUUUGUUAUAGAAACAACAUUGGUUAAACCUAUUGUUUCUUGCACCUUUUGUUCUAAGAAGUGAUUGUUUUGUUGUCUGUUGUAAAUAUACACAAUCAUGAAUGAUGGAAAACCUUUAAAAUUUGUGUUUUUUCGUGUGUGCAGGGGAUCUGCAUAUAUAUAUAUAUAUGUGUACUUGAAAUAUAAAAAAUGCACUUAAUUAACUGGUAAAUAUUACCUUCAAUGAAAUUAAAAACUAAAGAUUAACUUGUA